ACCCGAGCCUUCCCCCUUCGUCGUCUCAUCCUCCUCCUCCUCCUCUUUCCUCGAGCGAAGAAAACUAUCGGCGUUGUGUUCAAUUUCAGUGCCGGCGAAUUCCGUCGUCUGCGCCAACUUCGAAGAUGAGGCAUUCGGUGAAUCGCCCCCCAACACCAGAUGCAGCAGAGGAUCAGGAAAAGGAGCCUACCCUCCAAGAGAUUAUCAACAUCAAGGUCCGUUCUUCAGCUCAAUCAAACAUCUUUUGUGUCCUCGAUGCGGAAUUCGAUGGUAACCAUCUGAUAGAAAGUGGGGAGAAGGAACGGUUGAUGGAGCUGUUGAGGGAAAGGCUUACUGAGUGCGGUUGGAAGGAUGAAAUGAAAGCUCUUUGCAGGGCUUUUAUAAAGAAGAAAGGUAGAAACAAUGUCACUGUGGAUGAUCUCGUACAUGUCAUUACCCCUAAGGGAAGAGCCUCUGUACCUGAUCAUGUAAAGGCCGACCUGCUGCAAAGAAUUCGCACAUUCCUCGAUUCAGCUGCUUUAUAAUGGGCCGGCAUGUCACAUUGUCCAAGUGUGGAACUCCAACCCAAUUCGAAGCAUCGAGCUGUUGAAGGGGCAGGAUCAGGGGUCACUGCAGAUCGGAAGCACACAGGGCAGUGAGGACGGGAGGAGCAUUUCUUUCGACGGACAAAAACAACUUCGCUGUCUCGAAUGUGCUUGUAUUGUAGGUUACAAUGACAGAGAAAGCAUUGUGUUUUUUUGUAUAAUGUCAAUGAGUUCUGGAUGUGACUAUAUAUAUAGAGGGAACAAAUGGAGACCUUGUGAACGAGCUCGGAUAUCAAGUGUCAGGAUUUUAUUCGGACUGACU